AUGCCGCCGCAAGCCAAUCCGAAAGAUUCAGCUGCCUCUCUUGCAACAACGCGGCCCAUCUCGCCGCACAACUCGAGCACCCCGCUCAUCACGGAGCAUCAACGCCAGGACCUACGCCAAGCGGGACCAACAGCGUCAGCAUCUGCAGACGUGCAUAGCGAGGAGAAAGACGCGAAAGCAGGAAAGAGGAGCUUGUUUGGCUUGGGCAAGAAGAAAGACAGCAAGAAGCCGGCCAUGGAGGCACAACCCGUUGCAGCAGUGCUGCCUCAGUCGCAGGCUGCGGUCAGGCCUCCAUCGCCUCUAAAGUCGCAACAGCCUCCUGAUCUCAAGUCAACGUCGCAAUCCAUACCAUUGUCGCCGGCAAGACAUCCUUAUCAGCAGACGAUAGCGGCGCAAUCACCCUCGCGUCUCCGCUCCAGCUCGCCCAGGUUACACAGCCCCGCAUCUUCCGAGAUAUUCGAGCGAAACGUCCAGGAGCCUAUACCAAUGUCAGGUCUCGGAGGUGAAUUAGACCCUGCACACAUUCCAGCGCAUGUCAUCACCGAAGAUCAGAUCCCACCAGCAUUAGAAGCAUCGGCGCAAGCUAUCACAAACGAUCAGCUCAACCCUGAUGAAGUCGAAAUCGUAACUUCUUCCACACACUUGCCCGCUUCGAGUGUCUUGGAAGGUUCGGCAAGCCAUGCCGAUUUGACCCAGCUCAACUCGCCUACACUACCUUCGCUUCGACAUGAACAGUCACAGGAUUCCGAGCCAGCUUCAAGCAUGCACGCAUCGGGAAUUGUGCCUAGUCUCGAGGAUGACGGCGCAAGCAGCUAUGGUCAGCUAGAUCCUAACGAUGUUCGCAGACUGAGCUUCAUCUCGUUCAAAGAUAUCGUUCAAAGCGAGCAUCAGCAGAUGGCGCACUCCUCCCUGGGUGAGAUAGGGAGCAGAGAUAGCUUGCACAUCGCAAACGCCUUACCACCAACCUCAAUUGGAGAACGCGCAGCAUCACCCUUACGAUCACCACGCUCUCCAACUUCAACUCACAGUCACAGCCUGAGCGGCGGCCUGGCCACGCCGCCUCCAGGAGUCAAUAUUAACGCAGUUGGCGGCGUGUCGAAUCCCGAACAGUCUCCUGCCCGCAGUAUUGGCCUUGGCAGUCCCGGAUCUCAGCAUGGAGAACUCACCAUUGAGACGAUGCGACAAGCUCUGCGGAAGACUGCCAGCGGCGAUCUAUCUGGCGUGAGGAGCGCCGGCAUGAGUCCCGUGAGCGACGAACACUUCUCGGUUCGGGACCCACCCAGAAGCCGAACGAACACCCAAGAAUAA